AUCGGAUCUUCGUCGUAACGUAGCGUAGCCAUAGCCAUCAUUGAUCGUGAUAUGAUUCAGUCCUCUUCGAUUCAUCAAGUUCAUCAAUCGAUCAAGCUGCUAGCUGCACCGUAUGGUCCAGCAACGCGAGGCCCGAAUCGAAUGACGUAAAAACGCAGAUCAUCGAAGCAUCUUUGCCGGAAAGGUCAUGGCAUGGAGAGAGAGGAGAGAGGCAGCAGACCGAGAGGCCGCUCGAAAACGAUCACAACAACAACCCACUCGAUCAGACGCGAUGCCUUUGAGGUGUAGAGCUUGGCUCGGUGAUGGCUGACUCGGAGGGACAUAUAAGGACGGACCAGAUCCUUUCGACUUUCAAUCUUCGUUCUUCGACCUCAACCAUCCUUCCACUCGCCAACUUGCGGUCUUCAACCUACAAGUCGCUGGCAACCAUCCUUUACUAGACAAUAGACAACCUCCCCUUUCGCAAAAUACCUCAGCGAUGCCCAGCGUUCCUUUCAUCCACCUCAAUGGGUCGAACAAGAAAGGCAUUUCGCAAGCGGCGACCUCCUUUCGAUCGGGAUCUGAAGAGGGAGACGGCUUUGAGGUCUUAAAGGAUACCGCAGACGGAAAUAUCGAUGAGGCGCCUAAAUCUCGUCGUCGUCUCGGAUCCCUUCAAAACUGGAAUCCUUUCGCUAAGAAGCAUAAAGGUCAAGACGAGGAACACCAUCUCCCCGCUCCUUUCCCCGCCGACGAACCAGAAAAACGACUCCGGCUUGAACAUGAGCAAAGCGAACGGGAACCUAAGGCGAAGCCAAAAGGGACUGAAGUUCCUCCUCAGAAGAUCCGAAGGACUUGGUCUUUCUCGCCUUUACAGCUGUGGAAAGACGAGCAGGACCAGGACUUAAAGGAGAAUCGGGAUACCAGUCACCGCCAAAGUCCUCCUCUUACAGCUCAAGGAGAUUUUGUCAAAGUCACCAAGAAGCCGAGGUUGCGAGGGUCGACUUCUUCGCCUUUCCUGAAUUCCUCCAGCCAGGAUCCUUUGAGUCGUCUUCGAGCGCCUCCGCCUCUCCCUCCACGGGAUCCUCCUCGCCUUCCGCCCCGAGGACCUCCUCGGCUCCCUCCACGGCUUCCUACACAAGACCCUCCUCGGCUUCCACCUCGAGACCCUCCUCCCCCGCUUCAACAAGACCUUUCUCCCGUCGCUCCGGAACCUCCCCACCCAUUCGGUUCUUUGAUGGGGAAGCUCAAUGCGUCUCUCGAGGAGGCUCUCUUGGCUGCGUCGCUUCGAGAACAAGAAGCUUUCUUGGAUGCGCCGGAGCCUAGGAGAGAGUUCGAAGUCGGCGAGAUCGUCCGACCUCAGGAGCUCGAGUUCGGCCCUCGCCGAGAUCUAGAUCUAGACUCGGGGAUGUAUCAAGCGGAAAGACAGGCGGUGGUCGCUAGACCACGAGAGACGCGGGUCAGGUUAGAGCCGUAUUUACGCGAAGGCCUCCCUUGUGAGGACUUUGAGCCUCUUCCGCCGAUCGACCCUGGCAGCGAUUCUCUCUUCCUGAUGGGCAGGUCCGCCGGGGAAGAUUCUUUGGAGGCGGUACCGUACGACAAGGACGCCGAGUAUCAGUUGCCUCCGAUCGACUUGGGCGACGACCAGCCUCUUUUUCCCGUCGACUCUUUCUUCGCCAACAAGGCCGGUGGGUUGGUUUAGGGCUGGACGGGAUUAGAAGGUUGUUGCAGGUGUAAUCUCGAUUGAACGUGAUUGUAAUAGUCGGUGUUAGGGGAUGUGAUAUACGAUGGGCAUUCAUGAACGACGAACGGAUCACAUUUCGGAA